GAGGCGGCAGCCGCCCGCAGCGCCGCGCAGAGCGGGGCGGCAGCCGGCCGCGCCACCGCUACCGCCGCCGCUUCGCGGCUUCUCCCUCCCGUCGCCGCCGCCGCCUACCGCCCGGCAGGGCCAGCCGCGCCGAGGCGGCUUCCCCGCAGCCCGGAAGAAAAAAACCUUUCUGGACCGCAGUCAUAUACUUCAUGUUCUGUCCUGUGUUGAGCACUUACUACUGAGAGCUGGAAAGUCUACUUAAGAUAUUUCAAGACUUUCCUUGCCAGCAGAAUAUGACAGAUACCUAGCAUCUAGCAAAACCAUGGCAGCAGCUUACCUCGAUCCAAACUUGAAUCAUACGCCGAGUUCAAGUGCAAAGUCGCACCUCAGUACUGGGAUGGAGCGCUCGCCAGGGACCAUGGAAAGAGUCUUAAAGGUCUUUCACUACUUUGAAAACAGCAGUGAACCAACAACGUGGGCCAGCAUUAUCCGACAUGGAGAUGCUACUGAUGUCCGAGGCAUAAUUCAGAAGAUUGUGGACAGUCAGAAAGUGAAAAAUGUGGCCUGCUAUGGGUUACGGCUCAGUCACCUGCAAUCUGAGGAGGUUCACUGGCUACACCUGGACAUGGGGGUGUCCAAUGUGAGAGAGAAAUUUGAACUAGCCCACCCUCCAGAAGAAUGGAAAUAUGAACUGAGAAUUCGAUAUUUACCAAAAGGAUUUCUAAACCAGUUCACUGAGGACAAGCCAACUCUAAAUUUUUUCUAUCAACAGGUGAAAAAUGACUAUAUGUUAGAAAUAGCAGAUCAAGUGGACCAGGAAAUUGCUUUGAAACUAGGUUGCCUUGAAAUCCGGAGAUCCUACGGAGAGAUGAGAGGCAAUGCAUUAGAAAAGAAGUCCAACUAUGAAGUGUUAGAGAAAGAUGUUGGCUUAAGACGUUUUUUUCCGAAGAGUUUGCUAGAUUCAGUAAAGGCCAAAACACUACGAAAAUUAAUCCAGCAAACAUUUCGACAAUUUGCCAACCUCAAUAGAGAAGAAAGUAUUUUGAAGUUCUUUGAGAUCCUCUCUCCGGUGUACAGAUUUGACAAGGAAUGCUUCAAGUGUGCUCUCGGUUCGAGCUGGAUUAUAUCGGUGGAGCUGGCAAUCGGCCCGGAAGAAGGAAUCAGUUACCUUACGGACAAGGGCGCUAAUCCGACUCACCUAGCGGAUUUUAAUCAAGUGCAGACUAUUCAGUAUUCAAAUAGUGAAGACAAGGACAGAAAAGGAAUGUUACAGCUCAAGAUAGCAGGUGCACCUGAGCCUCUGACAGUGACAGCACCAUCCUUAACCAUUGCAGAGAACAUGGCUGACCUGAUAGACGGAUAUUGCCGCCUGGUGAACGGAGCCACACAGUCUUUUAUUAUCAGGCCACAGAAAGAAGGUGAAAGAGCUUUACCAUCAAUACCAAAGCUGGCCAACAACGAGAAGCAGGGAGUCAGGUCGCACACGGUCUCCGUGUCAGGAGUCAAUCACUGUCAGCAUAAAGUAAAGAAAGCUAGACGCUUUCUGCCUUUCGUCUUCUGUUCCCAUGAGCCGCCGCCUACGGAUGAAAUUAGUGGGGACGAAACAGAUGACUAUGCGGAGAUUAUAGAUGAAGAAGAUACUUAUACAAUGCCAUCAAAAAGCUAUGGAAUAGAUGAAGCCAGGGAUUAUGAAAUUCAAAGGGAGAGAAUUGAACUGGGGCGCUGCAUUGGCGAAGGACAGUUUGGAGACGUGCACCAGGGAGUUUACAUGAGUCCAGAAAAUCCAGCUAUGGCUGUUGCAAUCAAAACAUGUAAAAACUGCACCUCAGAUAGCGUUAGAGAAAAAUUCUUACAAGAAGCCUUAACGAUGCGUCAGUUUGAUCAUCCUCACAUCGUGAAGCUCAUUGGAGUUAUCACAGAAAACCCAGUUUGGAUCAUUAUGGAGCUCUGUACGCUUGGAGAGCUGAGAUCGUUUUUGCAAGUAAGAAAAUACAGCUUGGAUCUGGCCUCCUUGAUACUCUACGCUUACCAGCUUAGUACAGCACUUGCCUACUUAGAGAGCAAGAGAUUUGUACAUAGGGAUAUUGCUGCUAGAAAUGUGCUGGUGUCUGCCACUGACUGUGUGAAAUUAGGAGAUUUUGGUUUAUCCCGAUAUAUGGAAGAUAGUACUUACUAUAAAGCUUCCAAGGGAAAACUGCCCAUCAAAUGGAUGGCUCCGGAGUCAAUCAACUUCCGACGGUUUACCUCAGCUAGUGAUGUAUGGAUGUUUGGCGUGUGUAUGUGGGAGAUCCUCAUGCACGGGGUGAAGCCCUUCCAAGGGGUGAAGAACAACGACGUGAUCGGCCGCAUUGAGAACGGCGAGCGGCUGCCGAUGCCUCCAAACUGCCCUCCCACCCUCUACAGCCUUAUGACCAAGUGCUGGGCGUACGACCCGAGCCGGCGGCCCAGGUUCACGGAGCUGAAAGCACAGCUCAGUACGAUACUGGAGGAAGAGAAGCUGCAGCAAGAGGAACGGAUGCGAAUGGAGUCCAGGCGGCAAGUCACCGUGUCCUGGGACUCGGGAGGAUCCGAUGAAGCCCCUCCCAAGCCCAGUAGGCCUGGUUACCCCAGCCCAAGAUCCAGCGAAGGGUUUUAUCCAAGUCCGCAGCAUCUGGUGCAGCCGAACCAUUACCAGGUGUCUGGCUACCCGGGCUCUCACGGGAUACCCGCCAUGGCAGGCAGCAUUUACCCUGGGCAGGCUUCUCUCCUGGAGCAAACAGAGUCCUGGAACCAUCGGCCUCAAGAAAUAUCCGCGUGGCAACCAAACAUGGAGGAUUCAGGCACUUUGGACAUACGAGGAAUGGGACAGGUUCUUCCCACACAUCUCAUGGAGGAGAGAUUGAUACGACAACAGCAAGAGAUGGAAGAAGAUCAGCGCUGGCUUGAAAAAGAGGAGCGAUUCCUGAAACCCGACGUGCGGCUCUCCAGGGGCAGCAUCGACCGAGAGGACGGCGGUCUCCAGGGCCCGGUACGUGCGCGCGGGAGCUUCCCGGCUGCCGGCGGUUGCUCCGCUUUCCUGACCGGUAACCAGCACAUAUAUCAGCCUGUGGGUAAACCAGCAGAUCAUGCAGCUCCGCCAAAGAAGCCUCCGCGGCCUGGAGCCCCCAGCCACCUGGGCAGCCUGGCGAGCCUCAGCAGCCCCGUGGACAGCUACAACGAAGGGGUGAAGAUCCAGCCGCAGGAGAUCAGCCCUCCUCCUACCGCCAACCUGGACCGCUCCAACGACAAAGUCUACGAGAACGUGACGGGGCUGGUGAAAGCUGUCAUAGAAAUGUCCAGUAAAAUACAGCCUGCUCCGCCAGAGGAGUACGUGCCCAUGGUAAAGGAGGUUGGCUUGGCGCUAAGAACUUUACUGGCGACAGUGGAUGAGACCCUGCCAGUGCUUCCUGCGAGCACCCACCGAGAGAUCGAGAUGGCCCAGAAGCUGCUGAACUCCGACCUGGCCGAACUCAUCAACAAGAUGAAGCUGGCGCAGCAGUACGUGAUGACCAGCCUGCAGCAAGAGUACAAAAAGCAAAUGCUCACGGCUGCUCACGCGCUGGCUGUGGACGCCAAAAACUUGCUGGACGUUAUCGAUCAAGCCAGACUGAAAAUGAUCGGUCAGUCGAGACCGCAUUAAAUCCCGAGGGGAGAGCACCCUCGUUCGGUUCGAGAGCUCUGCUUGCGAAAGGAUGUUGUUUCGCCUUCCACCAGCAGCGAGGGUUCGCCCAGCGCAGUCCUGGCUUUCCAGCGACUCUUGCUUCAGCAGACCUGACGCGGACGGCUGUUGCCUCUCUCUCCCCCUCUCUCGUUACAGAAGCUCGACAAGGUUUUUAUCGGAAAGCCAAGCUGGGAUUCCACAAGCGGCGUUAUUUAUCGCAGGAUGACGUCUGUACGGAAGCCCUUGGGAAAUGACGGCCACGGAGCGCGGUUAACGUCCCCGCCGUUGCACGGGACACGCUUAGCCUGCAGCCGCCGCAGGGUCGCCGUCCCGGAGCCGGCGCGUCGGCGGCGAUAUUGUGAAGUGAAGAAUUCUGGGAAACCUCAGGGCUGAGAAUUCUUGCCCACAGUAUAUGAACUAUCCAGACUGGAAUUUUUUUUUUAUUAGAACACUUACGUCGCAAUAUGCUAAUCACAAUUUACAGAGAAAGAAGAUAAAAAAAGCUAUAUUUUCAAGACUUCGGUCAUUUCAAGACAAACUAAAGCCCUCGUCAUUUUCCUGCCUUUUCCUUUUCCGUGGAUGUGUGAAGCAUUUGUUUGGAAACUAGCUGUAGAACACAACUGAAAACUGUCGUGUCUCUCCUUCACCAGAAUAACGUGCCAGUUCUUUUGUAGCAAUGUUAUUUUCCUUGGAAGCAAAAAUGCUGCUUUGUACCAGAGCAAUUCAGAGCCGCAUUUAGAGGAGUUCUGUAACCAUUCACGUUCUCCAUUUUUAUAUAAUUUAUAAAGAAAGAUUAAAGCCAUGUUGGAUAUUUUAAACCCACUGUAGUUAACUAACCCAUCUUUUUGUCUAUCUUGCCUGGGAGGAGUUACAGUAGAGCAGUGUAAUUAGAUUUUCCUUGGUUUUCCAGUUACACCAUCUGUUCUGUUAAAAUAAAAACCACACUCCCUUUUUGCUGUUGAGGGAUAUAAAUUAUUCUCAGGAAGAAUAUAAUGAACUGUACAGUUACUUUGACCUAUUAAAAAGGUGUUACCAGUGAAA